GUUCAAUUUGAUAGAAACGGAUGUAUCAUCCUUUGUGUGCAUUUAUGCUUUGUUCUCGGGCGACAACAACUGAUUAUAUCUCAGCUCAACCAGUUUAUACAAAAUGCUUCAAGCUGGAUCUCCAUCUUGUUCAGAGGCAAUGCUAUUGUGAACUGAUUGGGUUUGGGGAAAGGGUCUAUAGGAAACGCAUAAAUACCUACCGUCCUUGCCUCUGUGGAAUAGAGUUUCUCAUGUCUUCAUAACCUCAACACCCUAACUAAGGUGUAGCCAUCUCAUCCAUCAUGCUAUCCCUCCAGAAUCUCGUCCUGUUUCUCAUCAUCGCCAAUUCCUCCGGACACAUGCAGAUGUCCUACCCACCAGCUCUCCGUUAUAAGAGCAACCCUUACUCGGGGGAUGACGUCGACUACUCCCUGACGAAUCCACUCUCAAGCUCCGGUUCCGACUUCCCCUGCCAUGGAAGUUUGGAUCUCCUGAGGACGUCCAAGGCCACCCCCGUAGCCUCUUGGAUAGCCGGAGAGACUUACAACAUGACCAUCACGGGCGGGGCCCCGCACAACGGCGGCUCCUGCCAGGCGUCCCUCUCCCACGACAACGGCAAGACCUUCACCGUGAUGCACAGCUACAUCGGCGGUUGUCCGUCGGGCUCCGAGUCCAGCUUCUCCUUCCGCGUCCCCGCCGACGCGCCCCCCUCCGACUCGGCCCUGUUCGCCUGGACGUGGCAGAACAAGGUCGGCAACAGGGAGAUGUACAUGAACUGCGCCGUCGUCAAGCUGGCCCGCGGCUCCGGCGCCGUCCCCACCGGCGGGGUACCCUUCGGGAGCCGCCCGGGCAUCUUCGAGGUCAACAUCGGGAACGGCUGCCAGACGCCGCAGUCCGCUAACUUGCUGUACCCCAAUCCUGGUCCUGACGUCGACGUGAACGACCCUGGUGCAGUGCCUGCGAUUGGCUCAUGCGAGACCACCAGCUCUGGAAGCUCCGGCAGCUCCGGCACCACGGCCGACUCGCCCGGAAGCUCAUCUGGUGACACCUUCUCCGCCGGCCCCGGGAGCUCUGCAAGUGUAGGGGGCUCCCUCAGCCCCGGGUCAGACCCCUCCGAGAGCAGCGGGGGCGGUUCGGGCUCCGACACGUUCGUGCCCGGCAAUCACUGGCCUGAAGGGUUCUCGCUUGCCGGUCGCCACCGGGCGGCCGGGAUCGUUGUCGUAACUAUGAUUCUGGUCCAUCUGAUGAUGCUCACUCUCUAAGGCAGGCCUGCUGAACUUUGAUUGCAUAGCCCGGACUGAAUAACUGUGCACAGAAUGGAGAGGUCUGUAUCAGUGUGAAAGGGGGUGAGAGUGAGAGUGAGUGAGACUGAGACAAGAAGUGCCGCCUUGGAAGCCGGCGGUAGGUAAAAUUCACCAUCUACACAGCAAAUCUGAUCAAGACUCCCGAAUAGAAUUUACCUUUGCGUCAGACCAAAUAUUUGAAAUGCCAUGUGAAUUCCGAGCAAUAAUAGUUGUAAGCCAGAU